AUGAUAUCUUGGGGAACUGUCCAGACUCUCCUCAUCACCCUGGGGCCAUUACUCCUUCCCAAACUCAUAGCCUUUGUUCAAUCGAUACGAUCGGCGUCAAAACUACCAAAUAAUGUCAUCCAACGCUGCCCUCCAAGGGUUGCUUAUACCCUGAACCUGCUGCUCAUGAGCGCAGUCGUCGCCCUCCUCUUCACCCUGCCAGCCCUGAGCCCCGAGAACAUUUUCAAGGCAACUGGUUCCCGACUAAGAACUCCGACGGAUGAGUUGUUCAACCGCCUCAAGGCAUUGCACCCACUCACGCCUACCGACGAGGCACUGAAGCGGAAGUUCGUUUCGCUCGAAUCGCGCCUUUUGUACUUUCAAUACGGACCUGAUGUGCUGGCUUCGUGUCAAUUUUGCACGUCCGAUGACCUGAACAGCUACUAUUAUUAUGCAAUCCCUUCGGUCCUUUUCAUCCAUCUAGCACAUAUCGCUGUGCUUGGGGUUGUCACCUCAUCGCUCCUCUCCGGAAGAUAUGGAGCACGGUGGAGGACUCACGCAACAAUUACUGGGGCGUCAUUGGCUGCAAUAGAACUGUGGGUGCUGUCAAUAUACCCCCUAACCCAAAACACCAAGGCGACGAAGCUGUCCGAGAUCAAUCACUUCUACUGGCGCAUGAGGCUCGUUCGAGGGAUAGCGUUCGCUCUCGCGGAUAGCCUCCUUGGACUGGCCAUCUGGCUAUGCGCAACCAAUCGCUGGCUAGUGACGCCGCCAACAGUGUCAGAACGACUAGAUGCAAGCACCCGUGCUAUGGAGAUCAUCAGUACGAAACUGGUUGCUCUUGGGGCGAUGCGUAACGCCAUCUUUCGGAAUGGCCCGCUGCGUGAGCGGACAGAGCACUACUGGCGCGAAGAAUCGGACGUGAUGCAUGAGGUCCUCGAAGACCGAGACGUCUUGGAUGGGACGAAAAAUGCCCUCACAAGGAUGGAUUUGGAUAAGAUCACGACUGCUGCGGAUCAGUGGUCCGGGGACAUCAUGAUCAAGCUACAGGCUAGCGAAGAACCAACAAAUACAGAAUAG